ACAAUCGGAGUACGAUCAAGAAGCCUUGCAGCUAAUGAAUGAGCUUAUGGUGAAGAGAGAGAGGGAAAAGCAAGAGUUAGAGAAAGAAUUGGAAGCAUAUAGGAAAAGAUUAUUGGAAUAUGAGGCAACGAGGAUGUUGAAGAGAAGCAAGGACAGUAGCACAUUCUCCUCUGAGGAUAGUGAUGGACUCUCUAUUGGUUUGAAUCAAGAAGAAGCAAAGGAAGAUGAUAGCGGCAUGAAUCAUAGCACUCCUGUUGGUGCAGUUAUAAAUUUGGAGGAAGAGAGAAUGGCGAUUCUUGAGCAGCUAAAGGUUUUGGAGGAAAGGCUUGUCAGCUUGGACUUGGAUGAUGAAGAUGCAAAACAUUUUGAGGAUGUUAGGCUGAUGGAAGAUUCAUAUCAAGAUAAUAUAGAGGAAGAUUCUCAUGCCAAUGGUUUCUUGAAGGAAAUGAAUGGGAAACAUCAUCAUGCCAAGGGAAAGAGACUUCUUCCUCUAUUUGACAAAAUGAGUGAUGAAAAUGGAGAUGGUACACUAAAUGCCAAUGGGGUUCAUAACUUUGAUUUAGAGAACAAGAAGCUAGCUGUGGAACAAGAGUUGGAUCAUCUCCAUCAAAGGCUACAAGCCCUUGAGGCAGAUAGGGAGUUCCUAAACAACUGUGUAAGCUCGCUGAAGAAAGGCGAUAAAGGCAUGGAUCUUCUUCAGGAAAUCCUACUACAUCUUCGUCAUCUAAGGAACGUUGAGCUUCGUGCAACAAGCUUCAGUGAUGCUGCCAUACUAUAGUCAGCUUCUUGAGAAUGAUCUCGGAGUAUAUUGGCAGCUAUUUUACAAAAAAAAAAACUCAAUGAGAAAAUUGAUCAAUCUAGGAAUAGCUGAUAAGAAGUCAUGGUGAAAACAAUUCAGCAAAGGGAAAUCCCUUAAUUGAGAGGGAAGCUCCUGGAAAUGGUCUAUGCAUUUUGGUCCUAAUGUCAUUUUUCAAAAGUUAAUCCAACAAUUUUUUGUGGGGUUGGGUCAAAACCUCCACCUCUUUUGGGCAAAAGGGGGAUGAUGAAUGUAUGUGCUUGUAGACUAGGUAUCGGGUGAAGCUACCCUGUCUUUUGCAUGUUGUCAAAGGGAAAAUAAUGCCUGGCUUGCAAAGCUGGAGCGGUCCAACAAAGACUCUAGUGCCAGGUACUCAAAAAGACUUUUUAUUUUUAUAGAUGUAGACAACAAAUUCCUCUUCUCCAAUUCUUUAUCCUUUAUCUUUUGCAUCAUUCCAUCAUACUGUAUGAGGUUUGUUUACUAUUUUGGAAGGCAGAGUUGUCUAGUUGUAUACAAAAUGUAUCCACUUGUAAGUAUAUAUGAAGUGAUUGUUUUGGUUGUUUCA